CUACCUUCUUGUGGCGCAUGCGCGAAGGCAGUAUUUCCGGGUACGACAUGUAAUAUGAAGAGCCUGGUGUAGUAGUGAGGUAACGUUAGAACGCUUAAAAAACCCAAUGAUUCCUAUAUGUCCAGUGGUCUCCUUCACCUAUGUGCCCAGCCGGCUUGGUGAAGAUGCCAAAAUGGCUACCGGCAAUUAUUUCGGAUUUACACAUGGCGCCGCAGCUCAGUACAGCCAGCAGCCAGCUGCAGGGGUAGCGUACACCCACCCCACCACUGUGGCUAGUUACACAGUUCAUCAAGCACCUGUGGCAGCACACACUGUUGCAGCAGCCUAUGCACCCACUGCAGCAGCUGUCGCCGUGGCGAGGCCUGCACCCGUUGCCGUGGCAGCUGCAACUGCUGCAGCUUAUGGAGGAUAUCAGCCAACCCAUGCUACCACUGAUUACGGCUACCCACAGCGACAGGCUGAGGUCCCACCACCACCUCCGCCAGUCACCUCACAGAAUUACCAGGACUCCUACUCAUACGUCCGCUCCACAGCUCCAGCUGUAGCUUAUGACAGCAAGCAAUACUACCAACAGCCCUCUGUUACAGCAGCUGUUGGUGCUGCUCAGCCACAGCCCAGUGUUGCAGACUCCUACUACCAGACAGCUCCCAAACCGGUCUAUAGCCAAGGUGUAACGUCAUAUACCCAGAGCCAGCAGAAUCGCCAGGUGACUGUCAUAAAGCCAGCUGCUGCCAGUCCAGCUUCAUCCACGUUCUCCAUAUUCCCAGUGACCUCAACUGUUCAGCCUGUGGCAGCUGCUGCCUCGGUUGUCCCGUCUUACUCCCAAAGCCCAACAUACAGCACAAACGCCGUCACCUACUCUGGAACCUCAUACUCGGGCUACGAAGCAGCGGUGUACUCAGCAGCCUCCAGCUACUACCAGCAGCAACAGCAGCAGAAGCAGGCAGUAGCAGCUGUGGCAGCAACUGCUGCCUGGACAGGAAACACCUUCACUAAGAAACCCACCUUCCAGAGUAAGCAGCUAAGACCCAAGCAGCCACCCAAACCCACCCAGAUCCACUACUGCGAUGUCUGCAAGAUCAGCUGUGCUGGCCCACAGACUUACAAAGAGCAUUUGGAAGGCCAGAAGCAUAAGAAGAAGGAAGCAGCGCUGAAAGUAUCUCAGGGCAGCAACAGCAGCAGUAGUGGAGGAGGUGUGCUGGCCCGCAAUGCACAAAACCAGCUUCGCUGUGAACUUUGUGACGUUUCGUGUACCGGAGCUGAUGCUUAUGCUGCCCACAUUCGAGGAGCCAAGCACCAAAAGGUUGUGAAACUUCAUACCAAACUCGGAAAGCCCAUUCCUUCUACAGAGCCCAGCAUGGUCACUCAGACUUCGUCCCUGAGCGUAUCUUCCACCGGCAAGACCACACUGAGCAGUUCCAGCACCACCAGCUCAAUGUGCCUGUCCUCCACCACUUCCUCCAGCUCUAGCUCCCCCUAUCUGAAAGCUGUCAAUAUAACCGGCGGUGGGGUGGCUACUACCAAGAACCCACUGGCCAGCAGUCUCUCUGCUGCCAGCUUGGUAUCAGCUGGCAAGAAAGUCAGCACCCCCAAGAUUAAUUUUGUUGCUGGAAGUAAAUUACAGACGACGGCAAAGAUGGAAGAGGCAAGGGAAGAAAUGAAAGGCGAAACUUGUAAGCCUGCCACGCCCUCUUCUGGUGCCUCAGAUGCUAAAACUGAAAUCUGUGAUUCCCUGUCCACCUCAGCGCUUAUUGCUCUGCAGAGUGAUGUCCAGCCUGUUGGUCAUGACUAUGUUGAAGAAGUCAGAAAUGAUGAAGGUAAGGUUAUUCGCUUCCACUGCAAGCUAUGUGAAUGUAGCUUCAACGAUCCCAAUGCCAAGGAAAUGCAUCUGAAGGGACGGAGACAUCGCCUGCAGUACAAGAAGAAGGUAAACCCUGAUCUACAGGUGGAGGUCAAGCCCAGCAUCCGAGCCAGAAAGAUUCAGGAAGAGAAGAUGAGAAAACAGAUGCAGAAAGAAGAGUACUGGAGAAGAAGAGAGGAGGAGGAGCGCUGGAGGAUGGAAAUGAGGCGGUAUGAAGAGGACAUGUACUGGAGACGAAUGGAGGAGGAGCAGCAUCACUGGGAUGACCGACGUCGCUUGCCAGAUGGGGGAUAUCCACAAGGGCCCCUGGGCCCUCCUGGUCUACUUGGAGUCAGACCUGGCAUGCCGGGUUUGCAACCACAGGGUCCAAUGCCCCCUCGUCGGCCUGAUUCUUCUGAUGAUCGAUACGUCAUGACCAAGCAUGCAGCCAUUUACCCCUCGGAAGAUGAGCUCCAGUCUAUCCAGAAAAUUGUCUCAAUUACUGAGCGAGCCCUCAAGCUUGUCUCUGACAUCAUUUCAGAUCAGGAAAAUGACAAGGAGGAGGAUAAAGAGAAGGAGCCAACUAAAGACAGAGUCCUGAAGGGUGUGAUGAGGGUUGGAGUUCUGGCUAAAGGCUUGCUGCUUCGUGGGGACAAGAAUGUCAACCUAGUCCUGCUCUGCUCUGAAAAGCCGACAGAGAGCCUCCUGACCUGCAUCGUGGAGCACCUCCCCAAACAGCUAACACUGGUAACACCAGACAAAUAUGAGGUCAAGGGAUCGGUCGAGGAAGCGGCCAUAGUUCUGACAUCUUGCACUGAGCCAAAGAUGCAAGUGACCAUCACUUUAACUUCACCUGUCAUCAGAGAGGAAACCGGCCGGGAAGGAGAUGUAACCUCGGGUUUGGUGAAAGACCCAGCGGACGUCUUGGACAGGCAAAAAUGCCUUGACGCUCUGGCUGCUCUGCGCCACGCUAAGUGGUUCCAGGCUAGAGCCAAUGGUCUUCAGUCCUGUGUGAUCAUCAUCCGGAUUCUGAGAGACCUCUGUCAACGGGUCCCCACAUGGUCACCUUUCCCUGGAUGGGCAAUGGAGCUGCUGGUUGAGAAGGCCAUAAACAGCGCCUCUGCCCCUCUCAGCCCCGGUGAUGCCCUGAGGCGUGUCUUUGAAUGCAUUUCUUCUGGAAUUUUACUUCCUGGUGGGCCAGGCUUGUUGGAUCCCUGUGAGAAGAAACCUGUGGAUACCCUCGCUCCCUUGGGAGAGCAGCAGAGAGAGGACAUAACCUCAAGUGCUCAGUUUGCUCUGAGGCUUCUGGCCUUCCGUCAGAUUCAUAAAGUUUUGGGUAUGGACCCUCUGCCGCAGAUGAACCCUCGCUUCAACAUUCGCAACAGCCGGAAACGACGUCAUGACAACAGUGACGGAACAGACAGCUUUGAGGGGGAAGGCAAAAAAGACAAAAAAGAUUUUGAUAAUUAAAGCUUUUCCAUCACCACUUAAAGGAAACCUACAUAGAAAAAUGACCUAAAAUGUUGUUUGCCUGUCUCGUGUGUGCUGGUUCCUGUUCCUUGACAAAACGGUGUAUUUGAAACCUAACUCUGUAUUACAAACACAAAUGUAAAGCUCUGUGAUCUUCUAGUUGUUGAUUUUCAGAAUGCUCGUUAUUGACAAAGCUGCUUCUUGCGCAGAAGCAUUGAAGACAGUUGUUGUACUGCUGCUGCUCCUCUCACCUGAUCUGUGGCUUUGCGUGAUGUGAAGCUGGAAGGGGCUCAGACGAACAUUAACUGUCAAUGCUUUCAUCUGUAUAGUUUUAACCAGAGCUUUGUGUUGUUGCUGUUGUGAAGCAGGUAUGCCAACUGAAAGCUUCUUUGUAAAAGACAAACUCUGCUAAAUGCAGGUGUUGUUGUUUAACGCUGUGGUCUUGUUACGCUUCGGUGCUUAAUGUCACCGACAAAACAGUGCACGCAAAAAUUACAUUUUUUCAUUUAUCUCCAUAGCUAGUGAAAUUGUCUGCACUAACAUGGUUUUGUUAAUUUUUCAUAUGUACCUGUUAGUAUUUCUAAUCUAUUAAUAGAAAAUGGCUUUAAAUUAGAUUGAUUCUUCUUUUAUGAAAUAACAUUUGACAUCAUAUACUGUAUCACUUUUUAAAUUUGUUUAUUAGUUAAAUGCAAUGUUAUUGGUUAGCCUGUUGUGUUAGAAGCUAAAUUAUUUCAAGGUUUGUAAUAUGACUACAGAGCAUGGAUGGUUCUGGAGGCAGUGGGGAUGUAAAUGCCCUCUAUUAUGGUUUCUUUUGUGAAUGUUUGAUGUACCUUGUUCUGCACUUCUGUUCCGCUGGCAGAAUAAAUUAAUUUCUAGAUGGCUGAA